AUGGCUAAGAAUCUCAGGAUGCCUAUUGUCAGAGCAAAUCCGCCAAUCAAAAAGCGAAAGUAUUCCGAGCCCGAUGUUUCGGGAAAGUCCGCAUCGCCAACAAAAAAGGUCGGUGAUCUUAAGGAUACGAUCAUAGGCUUAGAGAAGGAACGGAAGAACAUCUAUUCAAGAUACCAGAACCUCCGUGUAGAGGCUGCACGAGGCCGCGAACUUCAGCUUCUGUGCGAGCAAUAUACAAAGAAUUUGCCGGAAGACAAAUUUACUGCCGCAGUUAUCAGCAACCAUAUCUAUGAGCUGAAUCAGGAACGCAUUAAAUUGGGCGUUGAUUUGAUCAAGUCGUGGCAGACGAUAGAAAUUCUGAAGGCGAGCUAA